AUGCUUUCCCGACCAGCGACCAAGAUCAGCCUGACCAUGGACGACAUUAUCUCUUAUGAACACCGUAAGAUGGUGCGAGAUACUGCCCGCCAUCGGGAGCUUGAGCAGCAAAUGGACAGCUCUCAAGACACCAGCCAGAGCACAGUGGACGAGGCCGCCACCACCACUUCACAGCAGGACAUCACGCCAGCACAGCAGACACGAGCUGCGAAGGCGAAGGCUGCGCUCCCCACCGCUCGCGCCGCUCUGGAUCUCCCAGCACUGUCACCGUUGGAGCUCGGUAUCAAGCUCUCCAGUCUGGACAGUCCUGGCCUUGAUCCACAAUUGCAAUACUACAGUCUGGGCGACAAUGAAGCACCUGAAGGCACCCACAACCACAAACGUGUCGCUUCAGACUCUUACGGCUCCGGUGCGCCAUACUGGAUGUCUCAGAUCAAGCGGCAAGGCAAGACGCCGUACGGUGCCAAUUCUUCUUUCGUCAUAUGGAGAAACGUGAGAGACUAUGGUGCCAAAGGCGAUGGUGUCACGGACGACACCUAUGCCAUCAACAACGCUACAGCAGACGGCAAUCGCUGCGGCUUCGGAUGCGAUAGCCAGACCACAACACCCGCCAUUAUCUUUUUUCCGCCUGGUAUUUAUCUUAUCAGCACCCCUCUGAUACAGUAUUACUAUACGCAAUUCAUCGGCGAUGCGAAUAAUUUACCAAGAAUUAUAGCAACGCCGAACUUCUACGGCAUUGGCUUAUUCGAUGCGGAUGUGUAUCUCGCGUAUGGAUUUUCCUGGUAUACGAACCAGAACAACUUCUACCGCCAGAUACGCAACUUCAUUCUGGACAUCACUAAUGUACCAGCCAAGCAGGAGCAGCAUUGCUUGCACUGGCAGGUUGCGCAGGCCACCAGUCUACAGAACAUUGUCUUCGACAUGGUAGCCACUAGUCCUGGACAAACCAAUAAACAUAUGGGUAUCUUCAUGGACAACGGGUCUGGUGGUUUCAUGGAAGACCUCAUCUUCAACGGCGGCAAUGUUGGAUUCUUCGCCGGCAAUCAGCAAUUCACAGUUCGCAACUUGACCUUCAACAACUGUCAGACGGGUGUCUUCCAGAACUGGAACUGGGUGUUUACUUAUAAGAGUUUGGUCUUCAACGGCUGCCUGAUUGGUAUGGAUUUCUCGCAGGGUGGCGAGGUUCCCGCCAUGAGCUCCACCAUCGUGCAAGACUCGUACUUUAACAACGUGCAAUACGGCAUCAUCACAAGUUUCACCAGCAACAGCACACCAUCGUCUGCAGGCUCGCUCGUAUUGGACAAUGUUCUGUUCUCGAACACCGAUCCAGCUAUACAGUUCCCGAACAACACUGUUAUUCUGGCAGGUAAUCAGGUCAUACCUAGCUUUGUGCAGGGCACUUGGUACAGCGCCUACGAGGCUGAGGAGGUUGUCCACAACCUCACCUGCUACGAACCUACAGCAAAAUAUGCUCGCAUCCAGCAGCCCAUGGCGGCACCUCCAAAGAGUCCAAGUCUCCUCGAUCCAAAGACCACGAAUCCCUCGAACAGGAUCUGGGAGCGAAGUCGACCACAGUACGAGGGCGUGCCAUAUACUAAGUUCAAAUCUGUGAUCACCAACGGGAAGUGCGCAGGCGAUGGAAUUACAGACGACACUGCCUGUCUUCAGGCGUUCCUCGGAACCGUGGCUGCUGAUGAGGUCGCCUACUUCGAUCACGGCGCCUACGUGAUAUCCAACACACUUCAGAUCCCGAACAACAUCAAGAUGCAGGGCGAAAUUUGGCCUAUGAUCAUGGUCGACGGGUCCGCAGCGGCGUUUUCGGAUGCGACAAAUCCUAAACCAGCUAUACGUGUUGGCAACCCAGGUGAUACUGGAACUACCGAGAUGGUCGAGUUCGUAUUCGAAACUCGUGGGGCGGCACCUGGAGCCAUCAUGAUGGAGUGGAAUCUAGCUGGUGCGAACGGCGACCCUACUGCUACUGGUAUGUGGGAUGUGCACUGGCGUAUCGCCGGCUCCAACGGUACGAAAUUACAGUCCGACACCUGCACCAAGAAACCCACGGUCCAGCACACGGCCGACCCGAAAUGCAUCGGCUCGUUCAUGCUCCUGCAUAUCACCCACACGGCCUCCUUGACGAUGUCUAAUAACUGGGGCUGGGUCUCCGAUCAUGAACUUGACUUGACCGAUCACAAUCAAAUCGACAUAUAUAACGGUCGCGGUGUCCUGGUCGAGAGUCAAGGUCCAGUGGUUAUGUAUGGGACGGCAUUUGAGCAUAGCAUGUUGUACAACUACAAUGUCGCCAAUGCAAAGGACAUUUACAUGGGCGUCAUCCAGAGCGAGACUAUGUACGCUCAAGACAACCCAAAUGCUCUCGAUUCCUGGACCCCAGACAGUCGCUACACCGACCCCACCUUCGAAGAGUGCUUCAUAGCUACAUGCUACAAGACCAUCGGCCUCAACUUCUUCAACUCCACCUACAUCUUCGUCUACGGCGCCGGUCUGUACAGCUUCUUCAACAAUUACGAUCAAGGUUGUUUGUUGACGGAGAACUGCCAGCAAUAUAUGGUGAGUAUGCAGCAAAGCGAGGGCAUCUACAUCUAUGCUUUGAACACUAAAGCUGCAGCGAAUAUGGUCGAGAUCGAUCAAGUGGCAGUUGUGCCUCAAGCGGCGAAUCCCAGCACAUUUUGUCAGACUGUGGCAUUCUUUGAGUAUCCUUGA